CUAAAUGCAUCCACCUACCACGAGUGAUUGUUAGCUUCAUGUGGUCUGGCCCGAUGCAACACUGUUCAACGACAACAACAUCGGUUCGCCAUGUUGAAUCGCUGCACAACAACUUUCUUCCGGCUACUCGAUGUAUACAAAGAUUUUGGAGUUAAACCUUGACAACUGCAGAGCAACACAAGUUGAAGGACUCACAGAUGAAUACACAAAUUUGAAAAGUCUCAGUCUCAUCAAUGUUGGCCUGACCACAUUAAAAGGCUUCCCAAAUCUUCCAAAUUUAAAGAAGCUGGAACUAAGCGACAACAGAAUUUCUGGGACACUGAACCAUCUUUCAGGAUGUCCAAAGCUUGAACACUUGACGUUAAGUGGGAACAAAAUCAAAGACAUUGACACAUUAAAACCAUUGGCGGAGCUGGAGAAUCUUUCAAAUUUAGAUUUAUUUAACUGUGAAGUAACAGCAUUAGAUGACUAUAAAGAGAAAAUGUUUGAAUUAUUACCUAACCUAAAUUUCUUAGAUGGUUACGACAAAGACGACAGAGAAGCUGACGAGGAUGAAGAUGAAGGUGUUGAUGGAGAAGUAGAAGAUGAAGAAGAUGAUGAGGAAGAAAAUGAAGAAGAUGAAGAGGAAGAUGGAGAAGACGAUGAUGAAGAUGAUGAUGACGAAGAUGAUGAUGAAGAUUUAGAUGAUGACGAUGAAGUACAAGACAUCGAGGAUGAGGAUGAAGAUGAAGAGGAAGCAUCAGCACUUCAGAUGCUACAGAAAGAUAAUAUAGAGGAUGAAUCCGAUGGUGACGACUUUGAACCAGGAGAGGUCGAUGAAGAUGAUGAUUUUGAUGAAGAUGAGGAUGAAGAAGGAGAAGUACUCCCCCAGGGUGUGAAGAGGAAACGAGACGACGAAGUGGAAGACGAGGAAGAUGACUAACUAUUCAUACACAUGGGGAAGAGGGGGCUAUCACUUCAUUAUCAUUUGAAUAUUCAUUUUCAUCUGUAACUCCAUCCGAAACAUGGAAUGAAGCUGUGGACUAUGAGUUAUUAUUCAUCAAACAAUAAUAUUGACUUUGUGUUGAUGGGAACUGACUUGCUCUGUGUUUAGCAGCCACUUCAUGUACCAGAUUCACCGGGAGUAUUGCAAAACACUUCAUAAAAGGUCAAAGGAUUAUCUGAUCCAGUGUCCCAUUUAUCAAAAAAAAAAUCUUCAAAAAUUUAUUUCAUUUUUAAAAAUGGCAGGAUUGGUACUGAAAUGUCUCAGAUUUGUGUAGACUUUGUUCUAUUUCUGUAUAAUUGUGAGAGUUUUUCUAGUAAAACAUCAUUUCCUUCUCAGGUCAUUGGAUAUUGUUAAAGAUAUCAUUGAUGGAAUUUAACUGAUACUUCGUUCAAUAGGCAAAUAAUGGAGCAUGAAUAGAAGUGAAGAAUUUUGGAUUCGUGUGGUCUGAUAGGUGUUUUACUGGAAUAACCCUUAUGUUUAAUCGGAUCGAAACUAAGCACAAAGUUUGUGUUAACAUUUGAAUUCUGUUAAAAGUGGGCAAGCAGACUUGACUUAACAUCUGACCACUGCUGGCAAGUUGACAUUGGAUAAAAUAUUAGGGGUAGUGUGGACAUUGUCGGUUUACUGUUGACUUCAAAUUUUUCUGCCACUGAUGAAGUUUGGGGGGAUGUAUGGGUUUGUAAAACAAAGCAGACAGCUGUAACAUACCUGUUGAAUUUUUUGAAAAUUUUUGUAGAUAUGAUUCUGUAAACAGAAGUUAUAAAUGAUGACAAAUCUUGGUUUUAAUUGAUGAUUUCAUUGUUUCAUGGACGUUGUUGGGCUGAUUGAUAAAACAUCCAGAUUGUUUUUGUGUAAAUGGAGACAAAACAUUUUAAUUACAAUUUAUGAAACAAUGAAUUACCCAAUUAUAACUGUAUGGGUGACCUAGAGGAAUGCUUUGUUUUGUUAAGAAUUGAAAAGUGCCUGAAGUUCACCCACAUGAAUGUAUUCAAAUUUGUGUUGAAGAAUAAUAAUUCUGAAAUUUUGAUUGACAGUUUAGAAUUUUAUAUAAAAAAAAAUCCUUAAUUGAAUACAAACAUUCAUUAUGGGUUGACAAUUUGUUGCUACAUAAUUGCAAAUGUUAUGUAAUGGUUAAGAAAGAAAACUGCAUGUUUGAUAUAGAAGGAAGUAUAUUUUCUUCCACAAAUUACUGAUAAAGUGUGUUUAGGUGAUAACUAAAUUUUAAUGUCCUUGGAAAGCUUGCAUUUAGCCACCUGAAUCUUUUGUAUUGAAUGUGUUAAGUAGUGUUAUUGACCCAAUUAUGAAUUUAAAUACAGAUACUGAGAAAUGAAAUGAUGAAAAUGCUAUGUUCAAGUUCUCUUUUUUAUGAUUUUAUUUAUUCUGUUAAAGUACUGUGACAAAUCUGAGAAAUUCACUAGUUUUACAGUAUUUAUUAAGAAAAAGACACCUGUUUAUAUGCAUUUAGUUGUUCAGAUGGAAAUUAGUUGGAUUGGUGUGUGAAAUUCUCCUGAUGUACGUUAAUUCAGCGGCCAUUUGACUGGUUGUCCUUGGAUGUUGUCCAGGCUUUGGAAAACAUUUUUCUGGUCCGGAUAAUCAGCAUCUGAACUAGGAACUAGUGUGUAAUUGGGGAGCAAAAAAGAACUUUGAGCUGAAAAAAUGUACAUUACAUUCACAAAUGUUGGGUCUGUGUAGAAACUUUGUGUGAGGCGAAGGUCAGCCAAGAUUGUCUUGGAUGUCCAGGUGUUGAUGUGGGAGAUUUUUAUCCUCGCAUGGUUAACCAUACUCUUCGGCCAAUCGUUUGUUUGGUCUUGUAAAUAAAUAGAAUGCAUUUUUAUAUGCAAAUAUAAGUAAUAA